AUGGGUGCUCCACAAAAUAAAGCUGAGCUGGAACUUCAAGAUCUAGGUCCCGAUAUCGAGAUUAAGAUAGGAGAUUGUGCACUCAAUCAAGAAGAUAUUAUUGUGCUCCUCGGUCUCGGAGGCCUGGCAGAUCCUACGUUCCCCCCGUGUCUCUCCCAGUCCCAUUUCGAAGCUCUCAUUACUGGACUUACUGUGCUCUCAGACGCGACCCCCCAGACUCCUGGAUUGAACAUGCCAAAUUCAGAUGACUCGAGAUACAUGGAGCCUGCUCCAGAUUUACCUAUAACUUACACGGAGGACGCUCGACUGCUCGGAUCACCCCCCCUUCCUUUCUCCAACCUCUCUCCCGCUGCUAUGACCUGCUGUGAUGAUUCCCCAGCCCACGUUCUGCCACAAGAGUGCGAAUACGCUAUGCGCAUGUCUAGCUACACCGAGUCCUGCUGA